AUGGGAGGCAGUCGACUGAUAAUCGGGCUCGAUUACGGCACUACCUACACAGGUGUGUCGUUUUGCGAGAUAUCCGAUCCCGCAUCCGAGCAGUCACACAUCGAAGUCAUACAAGAUUGGCCCUCAGGUCAUGGCAAGAUCGGUACAAGAGAGAAAGUACCUAGCGAGAUAGCCUAUCUAGAAGAAGGCGUUCGAUGGGGUUCUGAUAUCCCACCACGUGAGAAGCGACAUAUGUGGACCAAGCUUGAAUUGGAUAACCGCAAAGAUGGUGAGGUUGCUAAGAUCCUUUGCGAGUUGUCUCUACUCGAGUCACGUAAAUCACCCGUGGAGAUCAUCGCCGACUUCCUGGCGCAAGUCAAAGCUCACUUGAUCAAGAAUCUCGAUGAGAAAUUUGGCAAAGAACUGUGGAGAACGCUACCUAUCACUUUGGUGGUCACAGUCCCAGCGGUGUGGUCAGACAUCGCCAAGUAUCGAACCAUGCAGGCUAUUGAGAAAUCUGGCUUUAGUUCUCUCAGAAGUGGAGGUAUGGCAACGCCUGUUAUCAUCACGACAGAACCAGAGGCUGCUGCGCUCUACACGAUCAAAAUGCUACGAGGUACAGCACAGGAUGCUCAGUUAGCAAUCGGUGACGGCUUCAUUGUAUGCGACAUGGGAGGUGGAACUGUUGAUCUUAUUGCAUAUCAGAUUGCGAGCGUUCAACCGACAAUCAUCGAAGAAGCCACAGUAGGCAACGGUGCCCAGUGUGGUGGUAGCUUUGUUGACCGUGCAUUUCUCCAAUGGCUUGAGCGCCGUCUAGGUACACAAGACUUUGUCAAGAUUGCUGGCUGUCGAAGUGAAGAGAUUCCCCGUACUUCUCUCACGAGGAAGGCGUCCAAGCUUCUUCAAGACUUCACUACGGAAGUCAAGAAUGGCUUUUCAGGAACUCAGUCGAAUUACUUGCUUCUUCCAAACCCGCUGAGUGCUAUUCAUGAUGACGAGAAGAGGGGAAUCAGCGAUGGAGAGCUGAGAAUCACAGCUGAUGAUACACGAGCUAUGUUUGAUGUAUGCAUCCAUCAAGUAUAUGAGUUGAUUCAACAGCAAAUUCAGCGCACCCGCAUGAACAAGAUGAAGAUCAAGUAUAUAUUCAUGGUUGGUGGUUUCUCAGAAUCGCCAUACAUGUUCGCCAAGAUCAAAGACUUCGCAGAGAUGCACGAGAUACAAGCAAUUCGACCUCCACAUGCUUGGUCGGCUAUAGUUCGAGGCGCUGUAGCCAAAGGUCUUGAGGAAAGCAGUGGUGCAGUCUUGAAGCGAAAGAGCCGUCGAUACUACGGUACAAGUUGUAGUCGGUCUUUCAAUAUCUUUUUCCAUGAUGAAGCCGACGCCUACAUCGACAAGCAUGACGGCAUGAAGAUGGCAAGCCACCAAAUGAAAUGGCUAAUUAACAAAGGGCAAGACCUACUUGCAUCGAAGGCAAUGCAUGCAUCUGUGGAUUUGAUAGCCAAAUGGUGGCCAGUCCAUCGCGUCGCCGUGCUCACAUAUGACAUGAGCGACUUGUCUGAGAACGACAUGUGCAGGCGCAUCAGCCCAUCUGGUCGCCUGUACUACUCUGCUCGCUGCACCGUGAAUAUAUGUCUGCAGUCUUGCCUGGAGUUUUAUGUCACGGUCAAGGGCAAGAAGUUCGGCUCCCUGACUGUUAGUUACGAUUGA